CGACAAGCUUCUCUGUUACAAGAUUCUUUGUUGAAAAGUCGUGAGGGUUCCGGCAAAGGCUGGGCCCGAUGGCUCGGACUUUCGCACUUGUUUCAUUACUGCUUUCAUUCCUCUGCGCCGCAGCGCUUUCCUCGCCUCUGAGCCGCAGGGACUCCGUAUUUGCCAUCGCUAAUCUCUCCGUCGAGGCCGUGCCGCUCAGUCACCGGGUGCAAUACUUCUUCCUCGUCACGCCCGACUCGGCGAUAGGCGCCGACGCCGAAUGUAGCGCCCUGGUGACGAGCCUCAACGAGUCGGUGUGCAGCGUGCCGCCGACGGCGUGCGCCGGGCCCGGGCUGACCUUUGAGUGGCGCCAGCUCGACGACGGCGGCGCCGAGCUGCGCGUCGUGCGCAGCCUGUCGUCGCCGUCCACCCCGGCGCGCCCGCCGCUGCUCGAGGCGGGCGGCCACCGCAUCGGCAGGACCGAGCUGGCCGUCGUGGCCGUCGGCACCGAGUUCGAGCACCAGGCCUACGUUGGCCCGGCAAACUUUUCCAUGUCGGUGAGGGUGCUGGAGGGGGUGGACUGAGGACGGGUCGCGC